AUGUCGGUUCUUUUCACGAGCAUUUCGGAGACCAACCCGGUCAAGGCGGACGAUGCGCAAGCUCUCCUCGAACCACUUGGUUUGACCAUUGAUCCAGCCGAGGCGCAAGACUUUCACACCCUCCUAGCAGCAGUUCAUGACUGCGCCGAAGGUGUAGCCGCUUUACCAGACUACCAACCGAUUCCCGAUCAAACCAAGUAUCCCCGCGAGAAUGUGCGCCGACCAGGCCCCGACGAGCAAGUGUUCGGACAAGCCUGGGCACACCGAUUUCUGAUCCGAGGCAAUGCACAGGGCGGGCCCCUAGCUGGUAAAUCCGUCAGUCUCAAGGAUGUGAUUGCGGUCGCAGGUGUUCCUCAGCUCCUGGGAAGCGAUAUAAUCCCCUCUUGGACUCCGACGACGGAUGCAACCGUUGUCACCCGGCUGUUGGAAGCCGGUGCGGAUCUCGUUGGGACCUCAACGUGCGAAAACCUCUGCCACUCUACUUCCUCGUACACCAGUGCUCAAGGAACAGUGGAAAACCCCCACGCGGUUGGAUACUCGGCUGGCGGAAGUACCUCUGGAGGGGCUGCGCUAGUUGCGGCUGGUCUGGUGGAUAUCACAAUUGGAGGCGAUCAGGGUGGAAGUAUUCGGGUCCCAGCUUCGCUCUGUGGAUGUGUUGGGCUCAAACCUACACAUGGGCGUGUUCCGUUCACUGGAAUCGCCAGUGGCGAUGCAUUGAAUGACCAUGCAGGUCCACUAACUCGAACCACAUUGGAAACUGCCAGAUGUCUGGAUAUAAUCAGCGGAUAUGAUGGAAUCGACGAUAGGGCAGUUGGUAGUUCGAAGCCAGGCUCAACUAAUUUUGAGCUCGCCACUCAGAACACACCCGACAACCUAGAGGGCUUCAAAAUCGGUAUCUUGAAAGAAGGGUUCGAGCACAGCAUGGUGAGCCCAGCUGUCAGGGAGACUGUCUUGAAUGCGGUCCAGAGGUAUAAAGAUCUGGGCGCCACUGUCGAAGAAGUGUCUCUUCCUGACCAUCUGCAAGGACCCGCAAUCUGGACCACUCAGCAGCGGAUUGCUGGAGCGCAGACAUUACUCGGUCAGAACACCGGACGGAGAGGUCUCUGUAUGACUGAUAUGGAAAGGGCACGUCUCCCAUGGACCGACGAUGGCUUCCAGCGUGCAUUCCCGUCCACCAAGAACGUCAUCGUCAACGGCCUCUAUCUCAUGCAAAAGUUCCCUGAUCUGUACGGGAAGACUGUCAACUUUGGGCGACACUUAUCCGACCAAUAUCAAGAGCUGUUUGCGAAAUAUGAUGUUGUGGUCAUGCCUACAACGCCGGUCGUUGCGCCUCGACAUGGCAAGCGGGAGCUGCCGCUGGACUCGCUCAAGCCUAGCAUGGGCUUGACCAUAAACACUGCCAUCUUCAAUGUGACGGGGCAUCCAGCACUGUCCAUACCUGUUGGAUUUGCACCGGCCAAUGAUGAUGAUCAAGUCAUGUUGCCAGUUGGGAUGCAGAUUGUCGGUGGGUUGUGGCAGGAAGAAAAGAUUCUUCGGGCUGGUCAUGCCUGGGAGAGUCAUCAUGAUUGGAAGAAGGUUCAUUAUUCCACGGGCAAGAACUAG